GAAAGCUGUCUUCAUAUCGCCCAGCCCAUUUACCAACUAUCACUAUCACAUUACAAAAUGAAAAAGAAAUGAUUAUUGCCUACCAGUUCUCGGACACAAGGAGAUGAUCUUAAAGCUUAAAUUAUUGAAAAUAUAUCACUGCUAGAAAAAGAAAUUGUCUAAGGAGGUAAUACAUAUGAUCUAAUUUCAUCCAGAUGGAUCACCAUCACAGUGACAACAGCAGUGCCUCCCAUCAGAGGAUUGAACAUCCUCCUCCUUUUAACGGUGAUGGGAAUCGACCAGAGGAGAAGCGAUCACGUCAUGACGCCACCCUAAUAAAUCCAGGUCCUCCAGCACUUUAUCAACUGAACACUGAAAGACAAUAUAUUGAUGGGACUGAGAAAAAGGUCAGACGAUGGACAUAUGGACGAAGAGACAAGCAGAACAAAGUCAUACUGAUGGUGGGAGGAACCGGCGCUGGGAAAACCACCAUCAUCAACACCAUGAUCAACUACUCACUGGGAGUGAAGUUUGAGGAUCAAGAGUUUUAUCAAAUCACUGAAGAAACUGAAAAACAUUUCCAGACAUCUGCAGUCACUGUUUACGAGGUGUUUGUUGAAGAAAACUCAACAUCUCUGACCAUCAUUGACACUCCAGGAUACGGAAACACUGAAGGAUACGAGAAAGACAGAGAGAUUUCUGAGUAUCUGAGCAGGUUAUUUUCAGAUGAGGAUGGGAUUCAUUAUAUCGAUGCAGUGUGUUUUGUGAUGGAAGCAUCUGAAAAUCGAAUCUCUGAGAGAGAGCUCUACAUAUUUCACUCAGUUCAGUCUCUGUUUGGUAGAGAUAUAGAGAACAACAUAGUGUUUCUACUCACACAUGCAGAUGGACAACGUCCAAAAGAUGCUACCAUUAAGAAAGCAGAAAUACCCUGCAGAAGAGAUGAGGACAAUGAACCUGUUCACUUCUUGUUCAACAAUCAACAGAAAGAGAAAAGAGAGGAACAAAAUGAGCAUAUGUACAGAUCAGCCUGGGAAAUGGGAGAUGAAAGCAUGAAUGGGUUCUUCACACUCCUGGAAGAAAAGAACAGAAAAAGUGUUCAGAUGACAUUAGAUGUUCUGAAAGAGCGAAAACAACUUGAAGCCUGUGUCUCUAAUCUGAAGGACCGAAUCUCUGAAAAUGAGUUAAAAACUAUAGAACUGACUGUGUUUCAGGAAGUUAUCAAGGAGCACAGAGACAUGAUUGAGAAAUGUGAAAACUUAAAGUUUAAUGUUGAGAAAACUGUCAAAAAUAAAGUCCUCAUUGAAAAUACAUCAUGGAAGAACAAAAACGCAACCUGUUGCUCUGUCUGUAAGGAAAACUGUCAUGAGAACUGCUGGUGGGUGAAAGAUCUCUCAUGGUGUGAAGUCAUGAAAAACAACCACUGCACUGUGUGUGAAAAAAAGUGUCACUACAGCAUACACAUAAGAGAGAACAAAAAAUAUGAGACAGAGACAUGGGAAGUUGAAAUGACAUUUAAUGAGCUCAAACAGGAGUAUGAACACACUGGUGACCGACCUGAAACCAGUUUUGACAAGAAGAAAUAUGAAAAUAAUAAAAAGGAACAUGAAAGAUGCAUGAAAAAUUGUGCAGACAAAACAAAAAAAGAAGUCAAGCUCAAAAGCGAUCUGGAGGAGAUUAAAAAACAAAAAUCCAUCCUGCUGCGUGAAGUUUAUGUGACCAUCAUGAGUCUGUCUAAUAUCGCAUUAAAAUCAGACAGCGCUUUCACUCUUCAACAUCUGGAUUUCUUGAUUGACCUACUGAAAGAGGAGGGAGAAGAUGAAUGGAUGAAGAACCUGGAUGAUCUUAGGAAAACUGGAGAAGAGCAGAAAAAUAAUGGAGAUUUACGGCAUCUCUUGAAAUUUACAGCAAUGGCAUCAUUGAGUGACCUUCAGCGGUCUAACAGCAUGGAUCUACCUCCAGAAAUGAUAUCUGAUGCUACUCGACUCAGAGAUGAAUUUAUUGAACUCUAUGAGAGAAAUUACCCUCAACUCCAGGAGUGCAUUGAGAGACUGUGUCAUAUCCUCAAAACAUUCGAAGAAUAUUACAGAAGUGCUACUAAAGGCUCCAGAGAUGCAGGAGUGGCAGGAAUAGUUGGAGGUACUUUUGUGGCUACAGGAAUAGUUGGAUUUGCUUUAGCUCCAGUUACUCUGGGGGCGUCUCUUAUAGCUGCAGCUUCUGUUGCAUCUGUACAAGGAGUAUUAAUGCUUGUAGAUGCUGAAAAUGAGAGCAAAAAAUGCAGAUCUGAGAAACAGCGCCAGAUGAUGCAACUAAGACAAGACAUUGAAGGAGAAAUGGAGAAAUUUCAGGAUAAAAUCAACCCCAUGGCUGAAAAGAUGACCGACAUUCAUGAGUGUACUGACAUUAUACUGAGAUUCAUUAAAAAACGAAACCAACAAGUCAGACAUUUAAGGGAAUAUUUUGACUCUGUUAGUAAAAAACACAUCAGACAGUUAGAAGAAUUAGCUGAAUUAACAAAGCAAAUGUCUGAAACUACACGUUUGAUUGCAACAAUAGCAGCGAUUUAUGGUGGGUUCAGUCUUGUGCUUGACAUGUUCUCAGUUAUUGAAAAUAGCAGAGCACUCAAUGACAUGGACAAACUAGCAAAAAAAACCCAUAGAUGGAGAAAUAGAUGAAAGUGAGAUGACAUCAGAUGCUGGGAAAUUCAUUGCUGGAAUGAGGAAAUUUAUUGAUCAGUUACAGAACAUCAUUGAUGAACUUAAGAAUAUAAAAGACAAAGUAGCUACUUAUGAGGUUAUGUUACAAUCUGAAAUGUGAAACAAUAAGAAGGGCUGAGACACAAGCUGUUACUCGAUCCAACUGACAGAGGACAACUAGUCACCAACAUCUUUCUGCAUCAGAUCAGAUCAUUAUCAAAAGUUAGGAUUAAACAGCACACAGCUAUAUAAGAUGUCAUUUAGAGGAAUUUUACAAAGGAAAUCUAUAUUUUUGACACAUAGAAAGUGUCAGAUUGCAUUGCUUCUCUAAGAGGUGAAACACCUACAGAUUCUGGUAACGCUUUAGAUUACAGCCCGGAAAGUACUGCGUGAUUACAAUGUAUUACAGCAUAACUUCUGGUAAUUAUUGUGUACCUUUAAAGUAAGUAUGUGUUAGUAUAGGGGAACAAUAUGUAAAGUCUGGGGAAUAAAGGGGUAACAACCAGAAAGAUAACUACUGUAAGAUAACUACUAAGGGGUACUAAUACUAUUAUGAUAGACAACAAUCUUACGCUUGGGAUCAAUUUAGCGAAAGUGCACUGCACACCUUUUUGUAAUAAUAGUUAACAGAUAUAUAAAGGCUCUCUUAAAGCUUACGGGGUAGGCUACAUUAUAGUGCAUGUAUACAGUAUUUUGUUUUUAUUGCAUGAUUGAGUUGUUUCAAGGCAAGUAAAACUACAAUAUUGCAUUUUUUUUUAAUACUGGGGAAAUAUACUCUUGCUCCAUGUAGUUAUAGUGUAAGUAUGACAUUGCGGGCUGUAAAUUAAAGUGGUGCUUGUUACACUCUUGUUUCAUGUAGUUAGUGGGUAAGUACAAUAAAAAAACACAUGUAUACACA